CUCUCUCUCUCUCUCUCUAGACGACAGAGCGAGUGAUGUGAGCUCUUCCCUGCUGCUCACCCUCCCGAUCCUCCGCCGCUGAAACCCUCCCCCGAGAGCCCUGGAAAAGUCCCCGAUCUUGGCGGGCUCCGACGACAUCGAGACCUCCGGAUCGGACGGCGGCGGCGACUACUGCAUCGGGGCCAGCAGGGCUUGCGUCCACGAGCGAUGUGGGAUGCUCGAGGCCCUGAUGAGCCUGCUCUCCUCGUGCUGGAACCCCUUCGGCUGCGAUAAUGGAGGCGGCGGCGACGGCGGCCUGGGAUCCUUCGGGAGCGAAGGGAAGGACGGGUUGCUCUGGUUCGGGGACCUGGGGAGAUGCGCGACCGGCGACUUCUCCAUGGCCGUCGUGCAGGCUAACCAGGUGCUCGAGGAUCAGAGCCAGAUCGAGUCCGGUCAGUUCGGGACGUUCGUUGGCAUUUACGACGGUCACGGCGGGCCCGAUGCCGCUCGAUACGUGUGCGAUCAUCUGUUUCGGCACUUUCAAGGUUCGUUUCCUGAUGAGCCCCGAGCAUUAUCAGCUGAAACGCAGGGAGUUGUGACAUGUGACACCAUUCAAAGGGCAUUUCAAGAAACGGAGGAGGGGUUUACAGCCCUUGUGUCAGAGUCAUGGAGUGCCCGGCCGAAUAUAGCUUCUUCUGGUUCCUGCUGUCUAGUUGGAGUCAUAUAUCAGAGGACCCUCUAUGUAGCAAGCCUUGGAGACUCUCGGGUAGUAUUAGGCAAGAAGGUUGGCAAUACAGAUGUUAUUGCUGCCAUACAGCUAUCAGCAGAGCAUAAUGCAAAUAUUGAGUCUGUCAGGCAGGAACUUAAAGAGCUACACCCAAAUGACCCCCAAAUCGUCGUCCUCAGACAUGGAGUUUGGAGAGUGAAAGGCCUCAUUCAGGUUUCUAGGUCUAUUGGUGAUGUAUACCUGAAGCAUGCACGGUUCAACAGGGAACCGCUUAAUCCAAAAUUCAGACUUCCUCAGCCUUUGAAUAUGCCAAUUUUAACUGCCAAUCCGGCAAUUACCUCUCACCCUAUUCAUCCAAAUGAUACUUUUCUUAUUUUUGCAUCUGAUGGCCUGUGGGAACAUUUGACUAAUGAGAAAGCUGUGGAGAUUGUCCACAGUCAUCCUCGGGCGGGAAGUGCCAAAAGGUUAAUUAAGGCUGCUCUGUAUGAAGCCGCAAGAAAGCGAGAAAUGCGUUAUUCAGAUCUUCGCAAAAUCGACAAGGAGGUUCGGCGGCAUUUUCAUGAUGAUAUAACAGUCAUUGUUUUAUUCUUGAACCAUGAUCUGAUAUCCAGGGGAUCUGUGCUAGAUUCACCUAUCUCUAUUCGAAGUGCUUUAGAACACUGAUAAUCAAAAUGAGUUCAUGUUUCCUCUGAUUUUGGCCAAA